AUGUCCCGGGGCUGGGCCCCUCACCUCAGCGGGGGGACCAUCACCUCAGCGGGGGAACCAUACCCGGGGCCGGGCCCCUCACCUCAGCGGGCCGGGGCCGGGCCCCUCACCUCAGCGGGCCGGGGCCGGGCCCGGGCCCAGGUGACGGCGGAGGAGAUCGGGUCGCAGGUGGCGCUGGAGUACGGGCAGGCCAUGACGGUGCGAGUCUGCAAGGCGGACGGCGAGACCAUGCCCGUGGUGGUGGUGCAGAACGCCUCGGUGCUGGAGCUGAAGAAGGCCCUGCGGCGGCACGUCCAGCUGCGGCAGGCACGGCAGGGCGGCGUCCAGCACCUCAGCUGGAAGUACAUAUGGAGGACGUACCACUUAACCUACGGUGGAGAGAAGCUGGCGGAUGACAGGAAGAAGCUGAGAGAGUACGGCAUCAGAAACCGGGAUGAGGUCAGCUUCAUAAAGAAGCUUCGAAAGUAACCUGGCAGAGAGAGCAGAGAACCCAGCCCUAUCAAGGCCCGACUGUGGAUUCAGCACUUCCCCGGAGGAAAAGGUUGCAACAUUUCAGAGAGAAACAAACUCCAGUUGAAUGGACAUUCUCACAUGUUUUUUGCAGUUGCUAUUUGAAGCGUCGGCCUCUGAGCUGUUUGGGGAAUGCAUUUGCAGUGAUUAAAGAGACCCUCUAGUUUUCUAAGACUUUUAA